AUGAUUAAAUAUCUUCGUGAAAAAAUUAUUGGUCGUCCAGCAGUCUUUUCUCUAGCUGGCGAUAUACCAAUAGAUGAUCAUACGCUUCCUAUAAAAAAGACUAAUUCACAAGAUGGUUUAAAUGAUGUUGUAUUAUUAAGUACAACUUCAAAUGAUACAACAAAUCAGGUAGAAAAAUUUAAUGCCAUAAGUAAUAUUAUUAAUUCUGGACGUCGACCAAUACCAUCAUCAUCACCAAUUAUUAUUCCAAAAAAACCUCCUCGUUCGAAUGCAUCAUCACAUAGUUCUUCAUCGUAUACAUCGGUUGCUGAUCAAAUGUCUUCAUUUUUUGAAUCAUUCGUACAAACAGAUGAUGUACCAAAUUCAACAUUUCCAACAUUACCAUCAACAUGUCAACAAUUAGAACAUUCCGCAGCACGAGAUCGUAUUUCAGUGAAAAAUAAACGACGACAUCCAAUUAAACAAAAAUUAAGUACACUUCGAGAAACUGAUGAUAAUGAAAGUGAUUUAUUUUCAUCAAAAACUGAAGAUGAUGAAAUUCCACCACCUUUACCGCCGAAACAGCGUUAUUUACUCAAAAAUUCAUUUUCAUUACCGACUACAACAAGAACAAAUUCAACGACAAAAACAAAAAUGAAAAAGUUAAAUAGAAAUUUACCUAUAUCAUCAACACCAGAAGAGGAACAUUCAAUUAUUGCUACAACACGUAUAGAGCCAAAAAGACAACAACCAUUAAUUGAUCUAUCUGAUUUGGAUACAGCACGAGCACGUCUUCGUAUAUCAGUUCGUUCACGUGAUCGUUCAGCUGAUAAUAUACUUUUGGCAACAAAUUCUAAUCUAAAUAAUGAAACAUUAACAACAACAUCAUCAAAUAUUUCAACAUUUUCUAAUCCUAUUCAACGUUCUGUAAGUUUUAAACGUGUUCAAGAAAUUAAUGAUAUAAAAUUAAUUAAUCGAUCAAUAUUAAAACAAAAAAAAGAAGAAAAUAAUGAAAAUGUUUUAUUAACUAAUAAAUCUAUUGAAAAUAAUUCAAUAUUAAUUAAUAAUUCAAUACAAAAUGAAAAUAUUAAUGAACAAACAAAUAUUAAUAAUACUAAUUCAAUUAAAUCAAUAUCACAUUCAUCAUCACACGAACAUAUUUAUGAUAAUUUAGAUGUAUUUAAACGUCCGAAACCAAAUAUUAUUCUAUCAUCUAAUGAUGAUGAUGAUGAAUCAUUAUCAACAACAACAACAACAACAGCAGCUGUUGUUAAAACAAGAGAACAUCCAAUACAAACAACACGUUUAAGACCACUUACAAUGCAUGUUACAUCAAAUAAUGAUAAACAACUAACAAAUGAAUUUGAAAAUGUUUUUAAUCAAUUAAAAAAACGUGGUUCAAUUCGACGUGUUCGAACAAAUGAAGAAACAAUAUCGGAAUCUUUUCCAUCUGCAUCGAGUGAAGAAAUUCAUGUACCUCUAUCUCCAUCUAUAAAAUCUGAGAAUGAAUCAUUUGUAUCAACCAAUAAAAUAAUCGAACCAAUUCAUACACCACCACCAACACCAAAUCGACGUAAAACAGUUGUUGGUGUUCAUCUAUCAGCUAAUAAUAAAGUUGCUACUAAUGAUAAUAAGCCAACACCAUCAUGGGUUGAUAUAGCAAAACAAAAACAAAAUAAAUUUCAAUUGGUUUCGAAUGAAAAGAAACAUCAAGAUGAAUUUGAACAACAAUCAUCUAUUGAAUCACCAGUUCCAAUUAGAAAAUCGAUGCCAUCUGCUGAUACUCGAUCGAAUCGAAAAUCAAUGUUUGAACAAACUACAACACAAACAAAUACACAUCCUAUUGAACGAGAUUCAAUACGAGCAUUAAAAGCUGGCAAUCCGAAUCGUAUAAAUAAUUUAAUACAAUUUUUUGACAAAUAA